GCAUUCAGGGGCCACAUGUCCAUGAAAGAGCUGGACAAACAAAUGCUUAAUGACCAAAACAAGAACAGCGGCUAUUUUGUUGAGUGGAUCCCCCAAAACGUGGAAAGAGCUGUCUGUGACGUCCCACCUCAGGGGUUAAAACUAUCUGCCUCCUUUAUGGCCAACAGCACGGCCAUCCAGGAGCUGUUCAAGCGCAUCUCAGAGCCGUUCACAGCCACGUUCCAGCGCAAGGCCUUUCUGCACAGGUACACAGGUGAGGGCAUGGACGAGAUGGAGUUCGCUGAGGCCAAGAGCAACAUCAAUGACCGUUCCGAGUACCAGCAGUACCAGCACAAAGCCCAAGGAGAGGGAGAGUUUGAGGAGGAGGCCAAGGAGGAGGUGGCAUAA